AUGAGCCUAUUCCGAACGUGCGGUAGAUCAAUUCAAUUCCUCCGACAGCUCUCUCGCCCCCGCUCCACACCGGCAACCUCAGCAAGACCCAACAACCCCUUCAAUCUUGCCGUUCACCCUACGAUUACCCGACGAACAAUGGCGUCCGCAAUGGCCAAGCGCCUCGAAGGCAAGACUAUCCUCGUUACUGGUGCCUCUUCCGGUAUCGGCAAGAGCACUGCCAAGGAGUUUGCGCGCACCUCGCCCAACAACCUCAAGAUUAUCGUGACUGCGCGCCGUCUCGAGGCUCUCAAUGAGCUCGCGGCUGAGAUCAAGGCUGAAGUCGGCGAAGGUGUCAAGGUUCUGCCCGUGAAGUUGGAUGUCAGCAACCCAGAGGAGAUCAAGAACUUUGUUCCCUCUUUGCCCGCCGAGUUCAAGGAGAUUGAUGUGCUUGUUAACAAUGCUGGUCUUGUCAAGGGUGUCGCGCAGGCUCCGGAGAUUGCGCCCGAGGAUCUGAGCGUCAUGUUCAACACCAAUGUCACCGGUCUUAUCAACAUGACCCAGGCUAUCUUGCCCAUCUUCAAGAAGCGUGACGAGGGCGGCCGUGGCGAUAUCAUUAACAUUGGAAGUAUUGCUGGUCGGGAGCCCUACGCUGGUGGUAGUAUCUACUGCGCUACCAAGGCUGCCGUUCGUUCUUUCACCGAUGCCCUGCGCAAGGAGCUUAUCGCGACGAGAAUCCGCGUUAUCGAGAUCGACCCCGGUCAAGUCGAGACUGAGUUCUCCGUUGUGCGAUUCUACGGCGACAAGUCGAAGGCCGAUGCCGUCUACAAGGGUGUCGAGCCUCUUACUGGUGACGAUAUCGCCGAGGUUGUCGUCUUCGCCGCUGGUCGUCGCGAGAACGUCGUUAUUGCCGAUACCCUAGUCUUCCCUAGCCACCAGGCCGCCGCUGGUGUCAUGCACCGCAAGUCCUAA